AUAGCAUAAUAUAAUUUAUUUAGGCUCCCCGUCCAAGCACUGGGCCUCACAAACUUCGAGAGUCCUUGCCACUUAUCAUAAUGCUAAGAAAUAGAUUAAAAUAUGCUCUCACAAAUGCUGAAGUUACAAAAAUUGUUAUGCAGCGUCUCAUAAAAGUAGAUGGGAAAGUAAGAACAGAUAGCAACUACCCAGCCGGGUUUAUGGAUGUUAUCACUAUUGAAAAAACCGGAGAAUUCUUCAGAUUGCUGUAUGAUGUUAAAGGGAGGUUCAUUUUGCACAGAAUAACUGCUGAGGAAGCAAAAUACAAGCUGUGUCGAGUAAAACGAGUUCAAGUUGGACCUAAGGGUAUACCUUUCUUAGUUACACAUGAUGGGAGAACCAUCAGGUAUCCUGAUCCACUCAUCAAAGUUCAUGACACCGUUCAGUUAGAUAUUGGCACAGGGAAAAUCAUGGAUUUCAUCAAAUUUGAUAUUGGAAAUUUGGUUAUGGUAACAGGUGGCCAUAACUUGGGAAGAGUUGGAACUAUAACAUCAAGAGAAAGACAUCCAGGUUCAUUUGAUAUUGUGCAUGUGAAAGAUUCUCAAGGACACAGUUUUGCUACUAGGUUAAAUUACGUGUUUGUCAUUGGAAAAGGUAACAAACCUUUCAUAUCAUUACCAAGAGGAAAAGGUGUAAAACUUUCUGUGGCUGAAGAAAGAGAUCGGCGUUUAGCUGCAAAGUCACAGCACUAAAAUAACUAUUUGAAAAUAAAAGUGUUGAAAAAAA